AUGAGAGCUGACCGACACAAACACCUCACGUCUCUCCAUCUGUGUUUCCCGCGCUCCCACGUUAAUCCCUGUGCUCCUCUCAUAUCUGAGCUACAUCUGAGUUCAGAGCUUCGGCCUCCGGAGACCCGAGCUCACGUUUGCCCGCUUGUCAAACACGAGGAGGGGGAGAGAGGGUGUCAACGUGAGGAGGGUGUCAACGUGAGGAGGGUGUCAACGAGAGGAGGGUGUCAACGUGAGGAGGGUGUCAACGAGAGGAGGGUGUCAACGAGAGGAGGGUGUCAACGAGAGGAGGGUGUCAACGAGAGGAGGGCGUCAACGAGAGGAGGGUGUCAACGAGAGGAGGGUGUCAACGAGAGGAGGGUGUCAACGAGAGGAGGGCGUCAACGUGAGGAGGGUGUCAACGUGAGGAGGGUGUCAACGAGAAGAGGGUGUCAACGAGAGGAGGGUGUCAACGUGAGGAGGGUGUCAACGAGAGGAGGGUGUCAACGAGAGGAGGGCGUCAACGAGAGGAGGGUGUCAACGAGAGGAGGGUGUCAACGAGAGGAGGGUGUCAACGAGAGGAGGGCGUCAACAGGAGGGUGUCGACGAGAGGAGGGCGUCGACGAGAGGAGGUUGUCGACGAGAGGAGGGCGUCGACGAGAGGAGGGCGUCGACGAGAGGAGGGCGUCGACGAGAGGAGGGCGUCAACGAGAGGAGGGCGUCAACGAGAGGAGGGUGUCAACGAGAGGAGGGUGUCAACGAGAGGAGGGUGUCGACGAGAGGAGGGCGUCGACGAGAGGAGGGCGUCAACGAGAGGAGGGCGUCAACGAGAGGAGGGCGUCAACGAGAGGAGGGCGUCAACGAGAGGAGGGUGUCAACGAGAGGAGGGCGUCGACGAGAGGAGGGCGUCGACGAGAGGAGGGCGUCAACGAGAGGAGGGCGUCAACGAGAGUAGGGCGUCAACGAGAGGAGGGCGUCAACGAGAGGAGGGUGUCAACGAGAGGAGGGUGUCAACGUGAGGAGGGUGUCAACGUGAGGAGGGUGUCAACGAGAGGAGGGCGUCAACGAGAGGAGGGCGUCGACGAGAGGAGGGCGUCGACGAGAGGAGGGUGUCGACGAGAGGAGGGCGUCGACGAGAGGAGGGCGUCAACGAGAGGAGGGCGUCGACGAGAGGAGGGCGUCAACGAGGGUGUCAACGAGAGGAGGGCGUCAACAAGAGGAGGGCGUCAACGUGAGGAGGGUGUCAACGCGAGGAGGGUGUCAACGAGAGGAGGGUGUCAACGAGAGGAGGGUGUCAACGAGAGGAGGGUGUCAACGAGAGGAGGGUGUCAACGAGAGGAGGGUGUCAACGUGAGGAGGGCGUCAACGAGAGGAGGGUGUCAACGAGAGGAGGGUGUCAACGAGAGGAGGGUGUCAACGAGAGGAGGGUGUCAACGUGAGGAGGGUGUCAACGAGAGGAGGGCGUCAACGAGAGGAGGGCGUCAACGUGAGGAGGGUGUCAACGAGAGGAGGGUGUCAACGAGAGGAGGGUGUCAACGAGAGGAGGGUGUCAACGUGAGGAGGGUGUCAACGAGAGGAGGGUGUCAACGAGAGGAGGGUGUCAACGAGAGGAGGGUGUCAACAGGAGGGUGUCAACGAGAGGAGGGUGUCAACGAGAGGAGGGUGUCAACGAGAGGAGGGUGUCAACGAGAGGAGGGCGUCAACGAGAGGAGGGUGUCAACGAGAGGAGGGUGUCAACAGGAGGGUGUCAACGAGAGGAGGGUGUCAACGAGAGGAGGGUGUCAACGUGAGGAGGGUGUCAACGAGAGGAGGGUGUCAACGAGAGGAGGGUGUCAACGUGAGGAGGGUGUCAACGAGAGGAGGGCGUCAACGAGAGGAGGGUGUCAACGAGAGGAGGGUGCGACGAGAGGAGGGCGUCGACGAGGAGGGGUGUCGACGAGAGGAGGGCGUCGACGAGAGGAGGGCGUCAACGUCAGAGAGGAGGGCGUCAACGAGAGGAGGGCGUCAACGAGAGGAGGGCGUCAACGAGAGGAGGGUGUCAACGAGAGGAGGGGUCGACGAGAGGGGCGUCGACGAGAGGAGGGCGUCAACGAGAGGAGGGCGUCAACGAGAGUAGGGCGUCAACGAGAGGAGGGCGUCAACGAGAGGAGGGUCAACGAGAGGAGGGUGUCAACGAGAGGAGGGCGUCAACGUGAGGAGGGCGUCAACGAGAGGAGGGCGUCAACGAGAGGAGGGCGUCAACGAGAGGAGGGCGUCGACGAGAGGAGGGUGUCGAGAGGAGGGUGUCAACGAGGAGGGUGUCAAGGAGGGCGUCAACAAGAGGAGGGCGUCAACGUGAGGAGGGUGUCAACGCGAGGAGGGUGUCAACGAGAGGAGGGUGUCAACGAGAGGAGGGUGUCAACGAGAGGAGGGUGUCAACGAGAGGAGGGUGUCAACGAGAGGAGGGUGUCAACAGGAGGGUGUCAACGAGAGGAGGGCGUCAACGAGAGGAGGGUGUCAACGAGAGGAGGGUGUCAACGAGAGGAGGGUGUCAACGAGAGGAGGGUGUCAACGAGAGGAGGGUGUCAACGUGAGGAGGGUGUCAACGAGAGGAGGGUGUCAACGAGAGGAGGGUGUCAACGAGAGGAGGGUGUCAACGUGAGGAGGGUGUCAACGAGAGGAGGGUGUCAACGAGAGGAGGGUGUCAACGUGAGGAGGGUGUCAACGAGAGGAGGGUGUCAACGAGAGGAGGGUGUCAACAGGAGGGCGUCAACGAGAGGAGGGCGUCAACGUGAGGAGGGCGUCAACGUGAGGAGGGUGUCAACGAGAGGAGGGUGUCAACGAGAGGAGGGUGUCAACGAGAGGAGGGUGUCAACGAGAGGAGGGUGUCAACGAGAGGAGGGUGUCAACGAGAGGAGGGUGUCAACGAGAGGAGGGUGUCAACGUGAGGAUGGUGUCAACGUGAGGAGGGGGAGAGAGGGUGUCAACGAGAGGGGGACAUCUGUUUGA